AUGCCGGCGACUUCGGGACGCGUGCGUAUGCCGCACAAUAACCGCAUGCACAGUAGUGCAGCACUCAAGAUGACAGGUAUAUGGAAGAACACGAUCGGCUAUGACCCGUAUGCAGCUGAGGAUGAGAAGAAGGAGACGACUGAAACCUCGUACGAACAGGCAAAGGGGCUCAUGACCCUCGCAAAACUCUCAAACAAAGGGAGCGAUGUCCGUGGUGCCUGUAAAAAAUGUGGUAAAGUAGGACAUUUGACAUUUCAGUGUCGGAAUCAUUUGGGUGAGCUGGAGAAACGUGUGGCAUCGUCGGACUCGUCUUCGUCUUCGGAUUUUUCAAGUGAGGAAGACAGCGAAGAUGAGAAAGAGAAAAGAGUGUCCUCCCACCGUCCGUCAUCACGUAGACGUAGCCGAAGUUGUAGUCGUAGUCCGAAAGAACGACGUUGCAGACGGUCGGAGAGUCGUAGUCGCGGCCGUGGUGCUAGACGGCGUCGCCAAGAGAGAUCGCCGAGCAGAAGUCGAAGUCGCAGCUCGAGUGUUGAUUCUGACAAGGCAAAUGGUAAACGACGCCAUAGUGAAGUUUCUGUGUCGAAGAAGGACAAGAAGCGCAAGAGGUCGUCGAAGACACACAAAAGUAGCAAGGAAAAGGACCGAAAAUGUCGCUACCGCGACUCGAAAAAGUUGCACGGAACGAAAAAGCGGCGUCAAUAA